GCUUCCUACUUCUUUUACGCCCCAACUACGCAUUGUACACGAAAGCGCUCCUUAGUCGCGACCGGACAGAGCCUCUUCCUUUUUACUGUUUGUUUGGGUUGAUUCGCUUAGUGCUACUUGCCGGCCGGAUUCGUCCAAUUUACAGGAGCAGUUUUUGCUGCCCGGAUGCUGUCGAAUUCCGAUGCUGUUGGUUCGACCAAAGACAUUCAACAAGGUCUUCCCUGUAUCAGCGAACAGAUAGGCUUGUGGGAGGUUAGCCCAAGUUUGUACCAGAGCCAACCGAGUGAUGUGGAUUUAGCCAGCUUUCUAAUUCGUUGUCACGCGUUCUGCUCACGAAACAUUCACGGAACUGCACACAGUCUAUUGGGCCAGUUCGGCACCCUCUCGAAUACCCGCGGUUUAAUCCCCGUUCACCUUGUUAAUGCUUAUAAAACAGUUCACUUUUUUUGGCAGUCUCUGCGCGUGGCACUGGACAGUUGGUUCCCCCCACCCCCUACCCUGGUCUCGUACGCUCGUUUGCAUUCGAGAGGUUGCGUUUGGCACUUGGUAUAUCUUACCUCUGACUGCGCACAGUGGCGAGCACUCUGUGUGGUUACGAAGGAGCAUGUGGAGCUGGUACAGUUACUUUCGGACCCCGAACCCGUCACUUCCGACUGCAUUCCGUCCAUAGGCAGUGAAAGUGUCCUGCUGACCGAGAUACUUAGGGAAGAUUCUUCAGUGAAAUCGUCCCCUUCGGGUCCAGAGAUAUCAUGCCCAAAGGCACCAAAGUCCACUCUCCGGCAAUCCACCAAGUGGGAGCUGAGUUAUCCGGAUCCGUACCCCCAAUGGCGCUUCGUGUCUUUCACCUCUCACCUUUCCAAACCAGACCAAUAUUCUAGUUUAGUGGCCAUCGGCCACAGUAACGGCUCAAUUGACGUCAUCGAUUUGCUACCGGUAGACCGAGGGCCAGUCGGUAACGGUCAGACACGCAUUUUUAUCGCUCCUCUUUGUGUCCACUUCUCUGACGACCCGCGCUCUUCAUUCUAUCCCAUCGUUCACAUCAGUUUUCUGGAUUGGAACAGCCUUGUUGUGUGUCAUUUUAGUGGUCACGUGGAUUUUUGGCAUUUGGAUUGGAAUGCCAGAAGGUUUCCCGCUCGUUUAAUGGUUCGAUUCUCCCCAGAGCAAUUGUGCUCUGGCCAACAUCGGGACGUUGGGCCAUUGACCGCUGCAGAUUACGAUCCACAUUCGAAGGUUUUAGUCCUGAGUAGAUUGUAUUCACGCUCAUCUCACCAGAGUAAUCUUCCCGGAAGAUUGAGCUUGCACUGUUUUCGCGUUACCUCACGUCCUCCGUUUUUAGAAUAUCUGAAACCAAAUAGAAAUCAUUCUAAAGUAUCUGUAGCGGGAACUUUGCUUUCGAAACUCUCUUCCACAAGAACUGCUGCAGUUCGAUGGUUUAAAAAUACGAUUCGAUACUUUUACCAUCCUCUCCCGCUUGAAUUGGACGCUGUCGCAUUUUUGCGUUCGCAGUCGACCAGGGGUGGAUCAGUCACGGCGGCUUUGCAGUGCUCAGGAACUUGUUCUGUUUGGUCCCUUCCUCGGUUGGAUCCCCUGUUCAUACUUCUUAGUGGCCCCACCUCACCAUCCAUUUCUCCUUCGGUAGCUGAUGCCACUAAUGUGGGCAAUCGACCAUUUAGACUGACAUGGUGGAGAGCACCCGCUGCUGCACAAACACAACCGUCUCCCAACAAUGAACGCACUGGCAAUUCUGACGACCGACCUCAGUUGGUUAUACUGCGCGAGAAUGGUGAACUGAACAUACUUCAGAUAACCGAUUCCGAGGAGGUGGAUAAAUUAGUUCUGACUGAACGACAAAUCCAUGAGUUGAACUUGUCUCCAAAUGCUUCAUUCGCCCAUGUGAACUCACAUCAUUUCGAGCACGGUGCUAGAAAUAUACUCAUUUUGGAUCAGAAAUCUACCCUGGACACUUUAUGGAAAAGCACUCUUUACGGAGCUAAAGGGGAUGUUGAUCGUCGCUUGAUUCGGGCCGUCCGACUUGCCUCUACCACGCCAUCGGAAUUAUUCCACCACUUGAUAAUGAAGGGUGCGUAUGGCGAAGCAAUCGAGUUCGCCGAAUGCCACCAUUUCGAUGUUGAACUGGUUUAUCAAAGGCAAUGGCUUGAUCUAAGUGGCCAACCCUCUUCUGUUCGUGACCUUCCUGAUCUGAUCGGUCGUACUUUAAACCUCAUCCGUCACCACCCUAUUUGGGUUUUAAAGCAAUGCUUAUCGUUCUUACCGUGCACAUCCUCCACCGAGAUUACUAUCAGCCUAUCAGACUUCGUUUUACCGAUGCGCUGCCUUCUAGAACAUGGUUUAUCCCGAUUGAGUGACAUCUCCAACGAACAACUUCGGAGCACCGCUAGCACGCAGUUUUCCAGGUUACUCUUUCACCUAGACUGCUUGCAAGAUAUUGUUACUGCGGAAGAGUUAGAGGAGAGUUCAUCUUUUUCGGCCUUCGAAGCAAACGAUCGUUGUUAUCUUUUGAGAGGUUUAGUCGAAAUGCUCCGAGUUUUUCGUGACCACUCGUUGCUCGACGUUGCUGUAGGCUAUGCACAUUCCCAGCGAUUCCUCGCAACCAAAGUACUCAUGCGUCGUUUGCCAGUUACGGUUGGUCGGCAUCGAUUGGCUAUUGCUUCUAGUCUUUGUGAGACUGUGGAUCCGGCGAUGUAUGUCAACCCUUUACUCGAUCUGCACUUUCCCGUAGGCGAUGAGCCACAGUACGCUGUCCGUAAGGAGUUGGAGGCGGAUGCUGUUGAUCGCCUUUAUUCUUCCUUCUCUUUACAAUUGAACAGAGAUUGGAUGCUUACUGACGAACUCAACGCAUCAAACUAUCUGAGGCGCAUAACUCCUUGGCUUAUGAAACGUACUUACCAAAUGGAAGCUCGCAGUGGUUUGGUCAGUCAUGCCGUCACUCUUCUGGAAAAAGGAUCGGAAUUGUGUUUGAAACUGAAAGCGAAAGCCACCGAUUGGGUUGACUCUGCCAUAUGUCUGGAUCAGUUGGACCUACUGUGUUGGGAGUUUUCACAGUUUUCCAAGGUUAUCUACCGCCAACACAAAGGAUCCGAACGAAACACAAUGCGUUCAACGGUUUCAGUCGAUUCGCAUCACGGUCGACCGAUCACCUUGGCAAGAUUCAGCCUGUCACACUUCCUCUCUCUUAGCUUGGAGGACCGUGUGGAUAUGUUGCUUCAGUGCAGCUUUCCCGGAGGUAAAAGCAUCUCAUCCAUUGGUACACCCGUGUCACACUCGGUGCUGGUUGAAUGGGGUCAACUCAUCCUGUACAUUAAUCGCGUGUUGAGUGGGAGCGAGGUGUUCAUCAAGCGCCGGCGAAAACAGCUCCUCACGCAUGCCUUAUUGCGAAGUGCUGUGCACAACGGGUUCCAUCUGCAUCGGAUGCUUGUCGAGUUGAUCAGUGCGGGGACGGUAGAUGAAAUCUUCUCCUUGGAUGAACGGUGUGCGAAAUUUCUGGAGCCCAGCUCCAGUGUGAUGGCACCGUCUGAUAUUGACCUUCUCAAGGCCAUUGUGGAGGUGAUUCCUAGCUUCCGUCUGGUAGCAGACACGGGCUCAGGAAUGGCAGACAGGUCGUCCUCGAACACCGCCGAGUUGCCUGCGCUUCGCGCUUAUCUAAAGGAAGUGACCAGUUUGAUCACUGCAACAUCACAAUGCUUGGCCGGAUUACUGUCCUCCACCACCCUCGAUAUCGAGGCUUGCAAACAGUUAGAAUCGUUAUCCAAACAGUUGCGUGUUAUUGAUCAGUGCGCUUCUGCUAUGUCUGACUUACUCUCCCUCGGCGCUUCGCUGGGCAGAUAUCAGCACGUCGUAGUCGGACUUGGGAUCAUGUCUGUGGGCGAGUUGGUUCGCUGCGGCCACGAUAGCGGCGAAUUCCAGAAGCUUCUAGCCCAUUGGAUCUGCUUGCUUGCGAAGUCCAUUCUUGGGGAGUUGUCGCAUCCUAACUUGUCUCCAGAUCAACGUGUCGAUGAGGGGGCCUCGUCAGCUCAACUCACUGAAUAUUUCGGCCGUUUGCAGACCAUAUUCAACAAAGCGUUUGUCGGCUGUCCGGCGGCUGAUUGGAUCUCUGUUGGGUUGCACUACUCACUGCUUACCGCUGGCGACGAGCGACUUUUCGAAGUGUCAAGACACUUGCAUUUAGACUCACUGAGCCCUCUGCGUCGAUCGGAAGAGCAGUCACCAGGAUGGUACGUUAGCCUACUGCAUGCACUUCGGAACUAUAUCGACUCAUCUCUACCGGAACCCUCCAUUUCUCCGGAGUCGAAACUUCAAGACAUGGAACUGAUGGAGCCGAAUGAACGAAUGGCUCGUCGAUGUCUGCUUGCGUUUCGCACCCUGUCCUCCAGUUCGAGUUCAAAGCUGCACCUCCAGGACUUGUUCGAUUUGGAGGAAAGCAUCCUCAGUGCAUUCAGCUUCAUUGCGUCUGUGAAUCCCCUCAUGCCAAGUGAUACACAACCUCCUAUUACAGCACCCUUCCAACUCCGUCCGUUGUGGACUCGUUCACCGUCAUCACUAAAACGACGACAGUCAUUGUUUUUGACGGCUGUGUUUACCAUUAUGCAAAGCUUUCGGUCUUCUCACACGAAUCGCAACAAAUUUCUAAAUCUCCUAAAAUCAGAUUCGUUGUACGCAGUUGGGCGUUAUUUUCUCUUGUCAGCUUUUGAUGCCGCAGAUUGUCUGGUGCAGGCAACCUUCAAGUAUUUGGCUGAAUAUGGCGACCAUUUGCUCCCAGCUGAAAUCCUAGAACGCACAAUGGACUUGCUGAUAAAUGUCGUGAGUGGAUCCACUCAGUCGACGUGGUACAAUUGUGCUCAGUGGGCCACUCAUUACUCCUUGCAUGAUAAGCACGACUCCUGCGGACUAAUCCAGGUUGAUACCAAAUGGACCGUGCUACAUGGCCUGUUUCGUAUUCCGCGCCCUUUCGAGGCAAACACCGAGCUCGACGAUAGACCUCGCUUCGUUCUUCUAACAAUCGAAACACUCCGUUUGUUGUUGUCACGCCUCGCCUAUGUCCACUGUCCUUCCGAUCAUAUGGAUGAGAUGUUGCGGAUGGUAGCUAUAUGCGGUCACCGCCUGGAUUGUGCUUUCAACACAAGCGGAGCGGACGAUCGGCUUUAUCUUCCAGAGAUUCUUCGCCCCCUAUCUGAUAUGCUGAGCGGGAUAAUAACUGACCGGAUUCCUUGGCAUUGUUCAAGUGAAGAAGUCAGCAAAGCAGCAGAUAAGGGAUUACUGCUCCCUUUUGCCUAUCUCUCAGCUCUGUCUCCCACACCGAAUGUCGUUUCUAACAGAAUUAGACGCUCUCUGUCACCAUGUUCGAAAGGUGAUUGCCAAUUAUCCGCGUUUGAACUAAACUGGUGGAAAUUAUUUCUACGGUGUUGGGUGGCUGAUGCACAUUCCACGCUUGCCCUUACGGAACUCUUAUCCAACGGUCCAUCAGCCAUGGAUGCACGCUUACGGUUUUGUUACGCUCUCCUGGAACCGAAAAUCGCACAACUGAAACUCGACUCUACACUUCACACACGUCUUGUCGACAUGUACCACUGCAUUUGGAAUUGCGAGCCAUGUGACAACGUUCCCUCGUUCCAGUUGGUACACCCCACUUCAGCUGAACGUUUGCGGCUUGCUUUGAUUGUGUCAAGCCUUGGCACAAACCACUCAGAGAUUCUGCAUGCUGGGGCAUGCUUUCCAUCAGGUUCCCACUUGGUAUCCUCCAUCUCCAUGAUCGAAUCGUCUAAUGCGUUGUCAACUGCGACAACAUGGUUGCGCCAGCAAUGCUUGAGUGCAGUCUACGCUUGUUUGUGCGUCCGAACCAUUAUCUGCGUAUCUCCGAUCGACUUGGAUCUGUUCAAUACGGCGAAAUCUAGUCAAUUGGACGUUAUUCGGCAUAUCAGUCGAACUCACUUGAAACUAGGAAUCCGAUUAGCUGUAUGCGCUCAUAUGCCUUUGUACGAGGCGUUUUGUUCAAGGUUGGAUACCUUAUUCCUCGAAAGCUCCACUUCGAAUACUGAAGCAGAGAUCCGCCGUUUGAUGCCAUGGGUUUUGAAGGCCCCUGAUGCCCAUUCACGUAUUAUCCAAUGGUGCUCAGAAACUAUAUAUCCAAACUUGACGGACAUGUACAAGCUACAAAUUUUACUGGAUGUCUUGGAGACUGAAUUUCAAAUCGCUCCUCCGGGUGACCUUCCCAUUUCUGUACAUCGCAGGAUUAUAUCACUGUUGAAGUCAAACCAGUCAUUUAUGGCAGAAUUGCUUGAUCUCCCAUACGCCAAGCUUUUGAACUUAUUACAAUCCCCUAUGCCAUAUGGUUUAUUUCGAAGCCAUCCCCUCUUUGAGCACUUGAGGACUGAACCAGUGUUAGUCACUUUUUCCCAGAUACUGCAGUUGUUUCCCACCGGUUUAGAGUCUACACUGAAAUCCGCUGACUUAUGUGCGAUGUAUGGCUUGAACGUGCUGAGUAACUCCACAUCCGUUGCCAAUUAUCGUCGCGAACAAUUGUCAACCUUACAUUCGCUACUAUCCGGUAUUGCUCCGUCUCAGGAUGCCCUCGAUUUGGAACGCCUCGUGAGAUGGACCCACCAGUUGGUAUUUGGGCCUUACGGGAAUUGCUUGGAAGUUGACCAACGGCGAUGGAUUUUGAAGGAAGUCCUCUGCUUCAUUGAUGGUCAAGGCUCCUCAGUUUCUGCUCGUAUCUUAUCGGAUCUGGAGCAGUUCAAUCGUGUUUCCGAUAAGCUGAAGAAUCUCGAUUUCCCAGUCAUGAGAGACCUAGAAGCCAAUACAGACACUGCGGAAUCGGUCAUCGCUGCAAGCAGUUUUUUCGGUGCGUUCCUUACUCUUACGCCUCAGGACGAUGUAUCCGCCUCACUUUUGUUCCGACGACUGAUCGAUCAUGUCAAUACUGGCGAUGACUUAUCUCCUAACUCGACCUUCUCCUAUCCGUGUAUGGAAACCGCCACACAGAACCUCCACUGGUUUGCAACGCACUUACCCACAUGUUUUGAUGCUGUUCGGAUCAGUUCUCAGGUAGAAGUGCAACUCAUUGUAUAUGCCAUUGCAUCGCUUCCGCUACCUGUUUCUUCGCCGCUGGAUGACAUCCUUGUCAAGAUAUCCAAUCAUGCAGAGCAUACAUCGAAAAGCGAUCGCGAUUCUUUGUCAUCUGCUUUAAUUGAGUUCAUUCGCUCUUGUUUCGACAAACCUAGCACACUCGAUGAUCAUCGCAAUCCACUUAGCUUGGAAGACGUCUUGAGUAGUCUACUCGUAAAUACUCACAUUCGACGGUUACACGGCCCGUUUCUGUGGCAUCAUUUCAGCACUGAUACACUGGACCUCAAAGCCGCCACUGUGUUUUCUGCCGCUUUUCGUCUCCUUUCUGACUCAUCUGGAUCUUGUACCGAGAUGACUCCUGCUUCUGUGCUGCAAGGAAAACUAAACUCGCUGCAAUCUUCUCUAUCAACCGAACAAUUUUUCGAGGAUACUUUGAUGCCGUUAUUUCAGUCCACCAUCGAUGAAAUGUCGUCGGAGCAGUCGACUGAACCCGAUUCCGAAUCCCUUGCAUCAUCAUACCGGUGUGAUUUGUUGCAGUCAAUAAUAGAGCUCUUUACUCUGUUGUUUCGGAUCGACAGCUCCAGCGAUGAAUUUUCACAGAAUUCUCAACUGACUUCUUCCUCAAACUCCACCGAUCCUGCAACUGUCCUGUGGGAACUUUGGUUCCAGUUCACCCUUCAUGCCAAACUACUCCCUGACCCAGACGGCUUUCUCACAUCCACACUGCUUUUAGAGCAGUGGGUUCAUUAUGGGUUACCUCCUCCCAGAGGGCUUGCGCUUGCGUCUAUUCGACAUUUGAGAAAAUGUCUCCAUUCUUCCUCAACUCAGUGGCCAAUUUCGUUGCAAGCUACUGUGCUCAGCGCUUGUCUUUUUCAGCAGGACAUCAAUGUUGUGCUAGAAGCGUUGCCUGUGGUUGCAAUAUGCUCGCCUUCUGUGAUUGCCCUCAUCGACCCAGACGCUUGCCGCUGUUUUACUUGUCUUCAUGGACCGGUUUGGGUGUCAUUGGUUAAAACAGACAAAACCUCUGCCUUUGCGUUGGAUCCAUGCCCUACGCUUUUCACUCAUAUCUUCCAAACUGUCGAAUGCUUUGUGUCCCAGCACAAAUCAUCAACGCAGGCUCAGCUUUUGUGUUCCCAUUGCGUGAAACACCUUCAUUCCGCCGAUCUUUGGAUAGAAGCCAUCCGCCUGUCACGGGCUUUAUGCGAUUUCCCCGUGAAUGUGAUCACUUUGGAUACCCUAGUACAUCGCGUCUGUGCCAUGUUAAAGAGAUAGUUCGCACAUCCCUUGUAAAUAGCAGUCCCCAUCGCUUAUUGAUUCGUUGGACAUACACUUGCAAUAUUCCCACCGUUUUUUUGCAUGAAGUCUCUUUCGUUAUCCAACUUUGUCAAGUGGUUUUGCUUUAUUUUUAUAUUUCUUCAAAGCCGAUUAGACCACUCUCAUUGCGUUCAGUGACCGAACACCGAGUGCUGAUUUCAAUUUGCAUAUUUUUAAUGCACAUUUGUUUUUUCAAUGAUCUUUCCCAUAUUUUCGACUCAUUGUUGUUUUUGACAUCAAUUCUGUGGGUGUGUUCCGCCGCGUUUGCUAACCACGGUGGUAUUCCUUUUAAUAUUGAAUUCUCAGAAAUUCCAGUUU